AUGUAUGAAGAUGAUGAUGAUGACAUGCCUUACGGGGGAGAAGGAGGUGAUCAGGAAGUAGAUGAGGAAGACAAUGAAGAGAUUUCAAGUGAGCAAUGGCAGGAAGCUUGCUGGGUUGUGAUCAGUGCCUAUUUUGAUGAAAAGGGUCUCGUUCGGCAGCAACUUGACUCGUUUGACGAAUUCAUUCAAAUGAAUGUCCAACGAAUCGUGGAGGAUUCGCCACCGGUGGAACUGCAAGCCGAAGUCCAACAUUUUUCUGGUGAUAUUGAGAAUCCUACCAAAUUUUCUCUGAAAUUCGAUCAAAUAUAUCUCUCCAAGCCAACCCAUUGGGAGAAGGAUGGAGCACCGACGCCGAUGAUGCCUAAUGAGGCACGGCUGCGAAAUUUAACCUAUUCUUCCCCGCUCUAUGUGGACAUUACCAAACAAAUCCAAAGAGAUGAUGAUGUGACCGAAAGAAAAUAUGAGAAAGUAUUCGUUGGAAAAAUUCCAAUCAUGUUGAGAUCGAGUUAUUGCAUGCUGUCAAAUAUGUCUGAUCGAGAUCUCACUGAGUUAAAUGAAUGUCCUCUAGAUCCAGGAGGCUACUUCGUGAUCAACGGCUCUGAAAAGGUCCUAAUUGCUCAAGAGAAAAUGGCAACUAAUACAGUUUAUGUGUUCUCAAUGAAAGACGGGAAAUAUGCGUUCAAGACAGAGUGCAGGUCUUGCCUUGAAAACUCAAGUCGUCCAACAUCAACCAUGUGGGUGAACAUGAUGGCUCGCAGUGGAGGAGGUGCCAAGAAGACUGCGAUGGGUCAACGUAUUAUAGCUAUUCUUCCUUAUAUCAAGCAGGAGAUUCCGGUAAUGAUAGUGUUUCGUGCACUUGGAUUUGUCUCGGAUCGUGACAUCCUUGAACACAUUAUCUAUGACUUUGAAGACCCAGAAAUGAUGGAAAUGGUUAAGCCUUCAUUGGAUGAAGCUUUUGUCAUCCAGGAACAGAAUGUCGCUCUCAACUUCAUCGGUGCGCGUGGAGCAAAGCCUGGAGUAACAAAAGAACAGCGUAUCAAGUAUGCCAAAGAAAUUUUGCAGAAAGAGCUGCUUCCCCAUGUUGGAGUGUCGGAUUUCUGUGAAACAAAGAAGGCGUAUUUCAUUGGUUAUAUGGUACAUCGGCUGCUCCUGGCCGCAUUGGGACGCCGAGAGCUCGACGAUCGUGAUCACAUAGGAAAUAAACGGCUGGAUCUUGCUGGUCCUCUUCUAGCGUUUUUGUUCCGGGCGUUGUUCAGAAAUCUUUUGAAAGAGAUGCGACUCACUGCACAAAAGUACAUCAACAAAAAUGGUGACUUCUCACUUGAUGUCUGUGUGAAAACGUCAACCAUAACUCGUGGACUAGCCUAUUCGCUUGCUACUGGAAAUUGGGGUGAUCAGAAGAAAGCUCACCAGUCAAGAGCUGGUGUAUCGCAGGUACUGAAUCGACUCACCUACACAGCCACUCUUUCUCACUUACGUAGAGCUAACUCUCCCAUUGGAAGGGAAGGAAAGCUCGCGAAACCCAGGCAACUCCAUAAUACACAAUGGGGAAUGGUAUGUCCUGCUGAAACUCCCGAAGGCCAAGCUGUCGGUUUGGUAAAGAAUCUUGCGCUCAUGGCCUAUAUUUCUGUUGGUUCAUUACCUGAGCCUAUCCUGGAGUUUCUUGAAGAGUGGUCAAUGGAAAAUCUCGAAGAGGUGGCACCUUCUUCGAUCGCUGAUGCGACGAAGAUAUUUGUAAACGGCGCAUGGGUUGGAAUCCAUCGCGAUCCGGAACAUCUCAUGACAACCUUGAAAAAACUCCGUAGGCAAAUGGAUAUCAUCGUAUCAGAAGUGUCGAUGGUUCGAGACAUAAGAGAUCGAGAAAUACGAAUUUACACUGAUGCUGGUCGAGUAUGCCGACCUCUCCUCAUCGUUGAAAAACAAAAGUUGGCUUUAAAAAAGCGUCAUAUCGACAAACUAAAGGAGAGAGAGUCUGGUAGUAAUUACAGUUGGUCUGAUCUUGUUGGUGGUGGGGUCGUGGAAUUGAUCGACGCCAUGGAAGAAGAGACCGUCAUGCUUGCUAUGAUGCCAGAAGAUCUAAAGGCUGGAGGUUACUGCGACACCUAUACUCACUGUGAGAUCCAUCCAGCGAUGAUACUCGGUGUUUGUGCAUCGAUCAUUCCAUUUCCUGAUCAUAAUCAAAGCCCUAGAAACACAUACCAAAGUGCUAUGGGUAAACAAGCUAUGGGUGUAUAUACAACAAAUUUCCACGUGCGAAUGGACACACUUGCGCAUGUGCUCUAUUAUCCACAGAAGCCUCUUGUUACCACAAGAUCUAUGGAGUACUUAAGAUUUAAUGAACUCCCGGCUGGUAUCAAUGCCAUUGUGGCCAUUCUUUCGUACUCGGGUUACAAUCAAGAAGAUUCUGUGAUUAUGAAUCAAUCCGCAAUUGACAGGGGCCUAUUCAGAUCGGUUUUCUACCGUUCUUAUCGAGAUCAAGAGGCAAACUUGGAUGGUGCUAACGAAGAGCUCAUUGAGAAGCCAACUCGAGACAAAUGUUCAGGAAUGCGGCACUCUCUCUACGAUAAGGAUGACGAUCUGGAUGCAAGCAGUAAAAAGUACACGAAGCGCGAUGCAUCAACAUUCCUCCGCAGUUCUGAAACAGGCAUCAUUGAUCAGGUGAUGGUAUCUUUGAACACUGAUGGUAACAAAUUCGUCAAAAUUCGUGUGCGUUCGGUGAGGUUGCCACAGAUUGGCGACAAAUUCGCAUCACGCCAUGGUCAAAAAGGUACCAUGGGUAUCAUGUACAGACAGGAAGAUAUGCCAUUUACUUGUGAGGGACUAACACCGGAUAUUAUCAUCAAUCCACACGCUGUACCAUCUCGUAUGACUAUUGGCCACUUGAUCGAGUGUUUGCAAGGCAAGCUAUCGGCCAACAAGGGCGAAAUUGGUGACGCAACUCCGUUUAACGAUACUGUAAACGUACAAAAAAUCAGUAAUUUAUUGCAAGAAUACGGGUAUCACUUGAGAGGGAAUGAAGUAAUGUAUAACGGACAUACCGGAGUGAAGCUUACUACGCAGAUCUUCUUUGGACCGACAUAUUACCAACGAUUGAAGCAUAUGGUAGACGACAAAAUUCAUUCACGAGCAAGAGGUCCGAUACAGAUGAUGAAUAGGCAGCCCAUGGAAGGACGAGCAAGAGAUGGUGGGUUGCGUUUUGGUGAGAUGGAGCGAGAUUGCCAAAUCUCUCAUGGAGCAGCACAGUUCCUUCGCGAGCGUCUUUUCGAGGUAUCUGAUCCGUACCAUGUGUACACGUGCAAUAAUUGUGGCCUCAUUGUCGUUGCCAAUCUCCGAACGAACAGUUUUGAAUGCAAGGCUUGCCGAAAUAAAACACAGGUGUCGGCUGUUCGCAUACCGUACGCCUGUAAACUGUUAUUCCAAGAGCUGAUGUCGAUGUCAAUCGCACCACGGCUAAUGGUGGAUGCUUAA